CCUGAAUUUGAAAACGCUGCCUUGUUACUACACACAGUGCACAGAAUGACUUCCUGCAGCCUAUGAAGCGCACUGCGUGUGAGUCAGGACGCUGUUGUUGGGGUUCUGCUGAUCUCCGGUGCAGAGCAGUAAGUUUGUGUGCAGUGAUUAAAGAAGCAGAAGCAUGGCUGCCUCUCCCGGGGUGUCUGCGCUGUGCGAGAAUCCGGACGAGGUGUUUCUGGAUGUGUCCAAACUGCUGCUGACUUACGCGGAUAAUAUCCUGAGGAACCCAAAUGAAGAGAAGUACAGGUCCAUUCGUAUCGGAAACCCAACCUUCUCCACUAAACUCCUCCCUGUAAAAGGAGCAGUCGAGUGCUUGUUCGAAAUGGGCUUCGAGGAGGCUGAGACACACUUGGUGUUCCCGAGGUCAGCGUCUGUAGAUCAGCUGAGACGAGUGCGUGAGACGAUAGCUGCCGAGAGAGACCAGAGACUCGGAGUGGACCAGCACGCAUCCUGCUCGAGUACUUCUACCUCCACUUCCUCUCCUGCGCCGACUCCGACAGUGACAUUAGAACCUCAACGUCCCAUAGAACCGCCCUCGCCUGUGUUAGGCAGCAAGUCUUUCCUUGGGACGCUGCAGUCAAACUUUCAGCAUGUGAUGGUGUACGAGAAUCGUGAACUUCAGCAGAAAGCAUUGAGCUGUUUACCACGUGAGCAGCUCUGCUCCAGAGCUGAAGAACGACUGCAAAAGGCCAGAGAAGCAGACCCGGAGUGCGGUCUUGCUGAGGAGGACAUGCUGGUGCUGGAGCUGUUACAGUGGUUUAAGCAGGAUUUCUUCACCUGGGUGGACAAACUGCCUUGCAGCCGGUGCGGGGGUAGCACACACUCCUCCGGUUCCCUCCCACCCUCUACAGAUGACCUACGUUGGGAUGCUGGUCGUGUAGAGAACCACUACUGCGACGCCUGCAGCCUCACUACUAGGUUCCCAAGAUACAAUAACCCAGAGAAACUGCUGGAAACCAGGAGGGGACGCUGUGGAGAAUGGGCCAACUGCUUCACUCUGUGCUGCAGAGCGUUGGGGCUGGAGGCCAGGUACAUCUGGGACUCAACAGAUCACGUGUGGACGGAGGUGUACUCUCAGUCUCAGCGUCGCUGGCUGCAUUGUGAUCCCUGUGAAAACACAUGCGAUAAACCUCUGCUCUAUGAGAUGGGCUGGGGCAAGAAGCUGUCCUACAUCUUUGCUUUUUCAAAAGAUCAGGUGGUUGAUGUAACAUGGCGCUACUCCUGUAAGCAUCAGGAUGUUCUUUCUAGACGUACACAGGUUCAGGAAACAUGGCUGCUACACACCAUCAAUGGACUUAAUGCUGUGAGGCAGCAGCCACUGAGCGCUGAGAGGAAGCGGGAGCUGCUGGAGAGGUUGUUAGUAGAGCUGGUGGAGUUCAUUUCUCCUAAGAGCCCAAAGCCGGGAGAGAUGGGAGGCCGGAUAUCAGGGUCUCUCGCCUGGAGGGCUGCUCGUGGAGAGACCGGUGGUGGUGCUGCUGCUUCCGAAGGGAAAGCCACGGAGUUUGUGUUUAUCCCCACCGAGUCAGAGAAGUGUUCAAAGACUUUCCACCUACAAUACAACGUGGUCAAAGACUGUUACUGUCGAGUGCACAACAACCAAGAGAAGAUUCUGGGCUGGGAGAAGGGCGUGUGGAAGAAUGAGUGUGUGUUCAGGAAUGAAGAACAUGACUGGCAAAUGGUGUACCUCGCUCGAACAGAGGGCUCUUCCUUAGGCAGGCUGUGUUGGAGGAUUGUGUGCGCUCCUGUGGGGAUGACAAUUAAAUCAGUCUCGGUCAGAGCCGUCAGUCAAACCUUCCACUCUGGUGCUGUCCGCUGGAGAUUACGCUCUUCACAAUCCACCGUCGAGUUUCCUGGAGAUGGGAAAAUGCACUCGCCGAAAGGCCUCACAGGGUCUGGAGAAGUGGUGGUAGAAGCAGAGCUGACUGGAGGAGACGGACAGGCUGCUUGGCAACACGCCCAGCUGUUCAGACAGAGUUUAAAGGAUGCCGAGACGUCUUCGUUUGAGAUUCUUGUGGAAAUGGAAGAUGCUUGAUAAGAGUGUAGCAGCCUUGUACAGUGGUGCUUGAAAGCUUGUGAACCCUUUAGAAUGUUCUACAUUUCUGCAUAAAUAUGACCUAAAACAACAUCAGAUUUUCACACAACUCCUAAAAGUAGAUAAAGAGAACCCAGUUAAACAAAUGAGACAAAAAUAUAUUAUACUUGGUCAUUUAUUUAUUGAGGAAAAUGAUCCAAUAUUACAUAUCUGUGAGUGGCAAAAGUAGGUGAACCUUUGCUUUCAGUAUCUGGUGUGACCCCAUUGUGCAGCAAUAACUGCAACUAAACAUUUCCGGUAACUGUUGAUCAGUCCUGCACACCGGCUUGGAGGAAUUUUAGCCCAUUCCUCCGUACAGAACAGCUUCAACUCUGGGAUGUGCUUCGGGUCGUUGUCUUGCUGCAUGACCCACCUUCUCUUGAGAUUCAGUUCAUGGACAGAUGUCCUGACAUUUUCCUUUAGAAUUCGCUGGUAUAAUUCAGAAUUCAUUGUUCCAUCAAUGAUGGGAAGCCGUCCUGGCCCAGAUGCAGCAAAACAGGCCCAAACCAUGAUACUACCACCACCAUGUUUCACACAUGGGAUAAGGUUCUUAUGCUGGAAUGCAGUGUUUUUGCUUUCUCCAAACAUAACGCUUCUCAUUUAUACCAAAAAGUUCUAUUUUGGUCUCAUCCGUCCAUAAAACAUUUUUCCAAUGGCCUUCUGGCUUGUCCACGUGAUCUUUAGCAAACUGCAGACGAGCAGCAAUGUUCUUUUUGGAGAGCAGUGGCUUUCUCCUUGCAACCCUGCAAUGCAGACCAUUGUUGUUCAGUGUUCUCCGGAUGGUGGACUCAUGAACGUUAACAUUAGCCAAUGUGAGAGAGGCCUUCAGUUGCUUAGAAGUUACUCUGGGGUCCUUUGUGACCUCACCGACUAUUACACGCCUUGCUCUUGGAGUGAUCUUUGUUGGUCGACCACUCCUGGGGAGGGUAACAAUGGUCUUGAAUUUCCUCCAUUUGUACACAAUCUGUCUGACUGUGGAUUGGUGGAGUCCAAACUCUUUAGAGAUGGUUUUGUAUCCUUUUCCAGCCUGAUGAGCAUCAACAAUGCUUUUUCUGAGGUCCUCAGAAAUCUCCUUUGUUUGUGCCAUGAUACACUUCCACAAACGUGUUGUGAAGAUCAGACUUUGAUAGAUCCCUGUUCUUUAAAUAAAACAGCACUGCAAAAACGGCCCCUCUCAAAAUAAGCCAAAUAAUUCUGAAUCUAGCCAAAUUGUUUGUAUUGAGCAAAAACAAAAAAAGCUGCCAGUGGGGUAAGAAAAAUUUACUUGAUUAGAAUUCUUAAAACUAGCAAAAAAGUCUAGGCACUGAAUAUUCAAAAUGUCUUAUCACUAGACAGAAAUGCUAAAAUUGAAGCAAUCCGUGCUUACUUCAAGUAAUGAAAUCACACUUAAGACAGAAUUCCUUGAAAUGAGUAUUGUAGUCCCUAGUUGAGCGGAUUAUAAGAAUUCGUAUCUUUUUUAAAAAUGAGAACUAGCAAAUAAAAUCUUAAAAUGAGAUUUUUCUUCUUUUUAUUUAGCUAGCUGCAAGAAUUGAUGCAAGAUUAAAGACUAGCAAAAAAUCUUAAAAUAAGAGAAGUUCUUGAAAUCAGUGAUUUUUAUUUUUGCAUUCCGAAAUAAACAAACAGUACAAGAACAUCUGGCGAUUCUGACUGCCACUAGCAAGCACACUACUGACUAUGUACUAUAACAAAAGGAAAUGCAUAAAGAUAAGAAGAUGCAUUAUUUGUUUCACGUAAUGCUUAUAAAACACAGAAUAUGAGAUGAGAAAUAAAAGAAUAACAUGCAGGAUUUA